UACGAUGUCAGUGCCAUUCUUUGUUUACCAUUGAUUACAGUGACACCCACUGUCACCAGUGUUGUUGUCGGGCACCGUGGAUGGCGAUGUGUGGAUGUGGAAGAUUCCUGACGGUGAUUGUAAGACGUUUCAGGGCCACAGCUCUACAGCAGGCGUGGGACGGAUCCUACCUGAUGGGAAGCGUGUAUGAUGAUGGUGCCAUCAAGGUUUGGAACAUGAAAACAGCUGACAUGAUGAAGACCAUAUCUGUGGUGUGUAUGGAUUGUCACCAUGACAACUCGAUGGUAAUGACGGGGUCAACUGAUAUCAUGGCCAAGGUCGUUAAUACCAGUACGGGAAAGGUUCUGUCAACAUUUAAAUGUGAUUCAAUGAAGGAAGGAGAAAACUCUGUAGAGGCCUGCUGUUUCUGUAGACA